CAAUUCUGAGUGAGCCCAGCAGAGCAGUUCGUUCUUGCCUCACUUACCAUCUGCACUCAUCUCGCUCUUCUUAUCCCAUUACCUCUUGGUCUCAUCGAAUGGUCUCCCAGACAGACGCUGGCAGCAGUGCCAUGCACGAUGUCGUGGAGGCAGCCGAAGACUUCGUCGAGAAAAUGACAGACACGGAGACACCUGCGAACGAACAGGAGGAGGGCAGUAGCAGCAAGCAGUCCAUGGAGGAGCGGAAAGCGAAGCUUGAACAGCUGCGCAAGAAGAUGCACACAGCCUCUUUGGCGAACCGCGCAUCCGUAGUGGAAGAAAGCUCAAAGGCCAAGAUCACCGCCCGCGAUGCAGCACGGCUGGAGCGACAACGCAAGCUUGCGGAGACACUACGUCUCAAAGCAGAUGCGGACGAGCGCGGCGAGGACGUCGAUCGGCUGAAGAACUGGGAGUGGACAAUCGAAGAGAACGACGAGUGGGAGAAGAAGCAGGCGCGAAAGACGCGGCGGGCAGACUUCGAAUUCAACAACGACGCGGAUGCCGCGCGCAAACGGUACAAGAAGGAUCUGGACCACAUAAAGCCCGACCUUGCGUCGUACAACAAGCAGAAGGAGCUCGCGAUGGGUCUGGCACCGGGAACGCUAGCUAAGGCGGGCGGUAGCUCAUCUUCGCUCACACAGUUUGACCCGAAGCAGGGAUCAUCGUUGGCGGUCGCACCUACGAGUGAACAGCAACGGAUCGCUGCCGAGAACCUGUAUCGCGACGCGAACAGUCUGCUCUACGCAGACAACAAGCCGACCGAGGAGGCUAUAGACAGGGUGGUCGCCAAGAUCAAUAGAGAUAUCGAUAAGAAGAGCAAGUUCUCGCGGAAGCGGAACAACGAGGACGAGGGCGACAUCACAUACAUCAACGAGCGAAACCGUGUGUUCAACAAGAAGAUUGCACGAUACUACGACAAGUAUACCGCAGAGAUUCGUGCAAGUUUCGAACGCGGAACUGCGUUAUGAUGACACCCUGCUUGUUACAUUAGCCCGAUGCUUCCUAUGGGACCCUCCACUCUGUAAUAACACUUCAUGGACAGAUAUUAUUGCCACUUUCCGCCCUCGUCAAAGGCAUUGUAGGUAGCCGCCGCAGUGGCGCGCUGUGCUUCUCAGCAACUACUCGCGAGCGCAGUGUAACUACGUCUAUGAUGAUCGAAAGCUUCAUGACCGACAGAAAGACUUGACGCUUUACAGAACCCCC